AUGCCCAUCUUCGACCUCUGCACCUGUCUUGCGAGCCGAGAAAAAGCAGCGGUGGCUGCUAUACGUGGUCUCAUGUAUAAAGAGUUGAGAAAUUCAAAGUCGGCGAAAUUGCGAAAUUGCAAACUUGAACUUUACAUGGCCGAAGAAGGACUCGCUACCCUGCGCGCACGCCGAGCAAAUGCGGGCUCCAGGCUCAAGCAGUUGAUAGCUAUGGAAGACGACGUUUCGGAAAAGCAACGUUUUGUGCCCGAUGAGGAAGAUGAAGUGGCACUUUUGUUUGCGGAAGAUGAGAACGAUGAAGAGGUUCGAUCCAGCAGCGAUGACGAGGAAGGCCUGGAAAACGAUAAUGAAGAUGACGAGGACAAUGCCAGCGCUGAUGAGCAGUCAGAUAAUGAAGAUCAAACCAAAGAAGUUUCAGGAUCUCGCAAAAGAGCCACUCCAGACGAUGAAAUGCUUUCGUCUUCUGAUCUUUCUGGAUCUGACACAGACGAAAGUGAAGGAGAAAAAGAACUAGAAAACCAGGAAAAACUCAAGAAACGUAGACAGCGACGAGCCAAGACGGUGGUACCUGCUAUCAAGAAGCUCAAACCUGCACCACCCAAGCCUAAACCAAAGAAGCAAUUGACGGCGUCCGAAUCGCUCAUGCGAUCACAGAGAUCUUCCUCGCGAGCCUCUGCCAUCGAAAGCAAACAAGCGUUGGUGCAAAAGUUGAAAAAGGACGAAAAAAGACGUGCUGCAAUGGCACCGGUGGUUCGUCCCAAAUACGUCGAGCUCACACAAGAAGAACGGCUUCUUGAAGCAGUGGAAACCGAACGAGUAAAUGUCAAGUCGCUUAACGAAUUCAUGGACCAAGAAACUCCAAAAAAAAGAAAUGCAGCGCCAACUUUUGCUUCUGAGGCGGAAGAGGCUUCGAAAUAUCAUUCGUUUGGUGAGUCAGGAGUCUUUUGUAACUCCUACUGA